AUGAACAAAAUCCAAGAAAAGGCUGUGAGCAAGGAUGUAUUUGAAAUCCUUUCCCUUCUUUGCGAGAAAAUAGGACCCGAUGUGAUUCUGGACAAGGUCAUGUCUGGAAUGGAGGGCAAUAAGAAACCCAUGCAGCAGAAGGCUGUUCUCCAGUGGAUUUUGUCGGUGGUGGAGGAUUUCGGAGUUCCCAAUCUCAACAUGAAGGCGAUCGUUUCCUACUUGCAGAAGCCGACUGCGCUUCAAAGUUCAUCUCCGGACGUAAAGAAGGCCUCCAUCGCUGUGUUAAGCGAGAUGUUCCAUCAGCUCGGGAACCCGAUUCUCUCUUUGGUGGAUCAUUUCGACCUUCCGAGCAUUCAGCUGAAGAAAAUUCGAGAAGAUCUACAGGAGGUCGUAUUCGAUCCCACGCUCGCUAGUCGCUACAAAGCCGCGCCUUCUGUCAUGUCUCGCAACCUUCCGCUGGAAACCCCCGGUGAAACCCCUGCGGAGCCCCCCGCUACUCCCGCCACUCCCGUGACUUUAUCCGAUUUGCUGGAGCCAGCGGACAUCACCAACGAGCUGACUUCCAUUCUCCGCGAUCUUCGCAACACCAAAGAGAAGGACAGCUGGAAGGUCCGACAGGCCGCUGUGCUGUCGCUAACUGCUCUGCUGACACAGAAGGAGCGCAUUCUGAACACUCCUGUGAUCGCAGAACUGUCGGGCGUGUUGAAAGUCCGACUGGGCGAAUCGAAUCUGAAUCUGCGCACCAAAGUGGUCCAAUGCAUUGGGCAAUUGGCGAAGUGUCUGGGCACAGAAGUGCAGCGAUAUACCGCUGUGCUGAUUCCUGAUUUGCUGCGUUUAUCGGGCGAUUCGAAGAGCAGCGUGGUCGAUGCAGUAUUCGCCACGCUAACUGCCUGGCUCGUCCACGACGCCGUUCCGCAGCCCGCCAUCUUCAACGCCCUGCUUCCUCACCUCCCCAUCGCGUUUAAAUCACCACGAGGUCGGCAAGAAAUCCUCGCGUGGAUCCGUCCGUAUCUCUCUCUCGGCGAGCCUCGGCAGUUCCAGCCGAUUCUUUCCUCGGUGCUCGACGCGCUUCUCGACAAAUCCAAAGAAACCCGAUCGAACGCGUCCGCCGUGCUGGAGACAUUAAUUCAUCGCUGUGGCGCGGAUGUUGUUCGCGCUCAUAUCGGAAGCCGAAAGCCCACAGACGAGGCGCAACUGCGAUCGUUCAUUGACACGUUCGAUCUGCAUCCAAUACAAGACGAGCCUCCGAUCGACGCGAGGAUGACCGAGAGUUCGUUCGGAAACGCAGAGAACAACUCCUUGGUCGAGAAAAGCGACGAGCGAGCCGCUCGAAUCGAAUCGAUGGCCCGCAGACCGGGAGUUCGCUUGUUAACCAAACCAAAACUUGGACCGGAUGGGAAGCCACUGCCCAAAUUCAAUGUGGUUUCGUCCAUUCCGAAGCCCAUUCCGCGGAGGACACUCGAUAACAUGAAGAGCCGAAACUCUCAAGUGGUCUUCCGCAGAGCGAACGAUGUCCCAGAAGGAAUGAACGACGAUUAUCUGGGUGAAAUGCACGACGAAGCCCCUAUGGACAUCGACACGAUGACCGAAGUUGAUCAAUUUCCUACAGAAAACGUGGUGCCCGAUGACAGCGGAGUGUCCCUCAAUUCUUCCGAGGGUGCGUUUGAAUCUCCAAAGCGGCAGCCGCUUCCUGCCAUGGAGAACGUGAAUGAUUUGCGAUUGUCGUUCUCCAUCCCGAUAAAAAGCGACGAUUUAUUGCUUCAUGAAAAUGAAGAACCGCUGAACAUGCAAUCGCGUGUGCUGUCCUCGUUUUCCCUCAAAUCGUCGCAGUUCACCAACGAAUUCAUUUCUUCAUUGCGUCAUUCGUCUUUGUUUUUCCAUAAUGGAACGACAGAACUUGCAGUUACGUAUCGAGAGCAAAUUAGCGAUUUGCAUGGAAUGAUUGAUGCGUUAACAGAGCUGUUUUGCCCCGUUUCUCUUUGCUAUUUGAUGUGA